UUUAAAAUAGACGUUUAGAUUUUGACCAAAUUUAGAGAGUGACAUUUCUAGCAAUGAAGCAGCCACCCCCUAUGCCUCAACCCUUGAAGGCUUGAGCUGUAGUGUGUAUAUAUAUGUCAAUCAAACCCACCAAUUUCUUGAAAUUUCAUCGAAAGAACAAAAGGGGUGAUCUUAUACAUACAGAGAUAUCAACAUAUUCACAGGGAAGAGAUGGAGAUUGAUAAAGCUAUUACACAAAGUGAUGAUGAGAGGUUGAAGACCAAGUACAAAAAUGCCAUCUUUGUCAUUCGAAGAGCUCUUGCUCUCUACUCGAUCGAAGAAGUUGCAUUUAGCUUUAAUGGAGGAAAAGAUUCAACCGUCUUGUUGCACCUGCUUAGAGCUGGCCAUUAUUUGCAUCAAAAAGGUGAAAGUCAUACCAACCAGGGAGGUCCAAUUGAUCACGUCGAAUUUCCAAUGCGGACGAUUUAUUUUGAGACUGCUUCUACCUUUACGGAGAUCAACUCAUUCACUUAUGAAACAGCUUCAACUUACGGAUUGCAAAUGGAUAUUAUACGCCUAGAUUUCAAGUCCGGCUUGGAGGCUCUUCUCAAGGCGAACCCAGUCAAAGCUAUUUUUUUGGGAGUUCGCAUUGGUGAUCCCACUGCGGUUGGGCAAGAACAGUUUUCACCUAGCUCGCCUGGAUGGCCUCCGUUCAUGAGAGUUAAUCCAAUUUUAGAUUGGUCUUACAGAGAUGUAUGGGCUUUCCUUCUAACCUCCAAGGUUCAGUACUGCAGUCUUUAUGAUCAGGGGUAUACUUCGAUUGGAAGCAUACAUGACACAGUUCCGAAUGAUUUAUUGUGCACACGAAAUACCAAAGAUGGCAAAAUAUCAUUCAAGCCUGCAUAUUUACUUCCAGAUGGAAGAUUAGAAAGAGCGGGCAGAGCAAGGAAGUCUUCAGCACCAGCUUCUGCAAAAUCUACAGCUGUCAGUAAUGGUGAUGCAAAAGCUGUGGAUAUAAAUCACAACAUUUUAUUUACUGCAUCUGUCAUUGCUGUGGGUGAUGAGUUUUUAUCUGGCACUGUUGAGGACAAACUUGGAGCUUCCUUGUGUAAAAAGCUGCAUACUUUAGGGUGGGCUGUUUCACAGAUUUCUAUUGUACGAAAUGAUAUAGAUUCUGUUGCUGAAGAAGUUGAACGACGUAAAGGCACAAGUGAUAUGGUGUUUAUAUAUGGAGCGGUUGGGCCAUUGCACUCUGAUGUUACUGUAGCUGGAGUUGCAAAAGCAUUUGGAGUCCGAACGGCUCCUGAUGAGGAAUUUGAAGAAUAUUUAAGGCAUCUUAUUGGUGAAAAAUGCAGUGGGGACCGCAAUGAGAUGGCUCAGCUCCCAGAGGGUAUCACUGAAUUGCUGCAUCAUGAGAAGCUGCUUAUGCCUUUGAUAAAGUGUCUAAAUGUUAUUGUUCUCUCUGCAACGAAUAUUGCUGAGUUGGAUGUGCAAUGGAACUGUCUAAUUGAAUUAAAAAGAUCCAGUGGCCUUCUGGUUUCAGAACCCUUCGCGUCAAAGCGCUUGAUGUUGACUGUUUCAGAUGUAAAGGCUGCUCAACCGCUAUCAAAACUUCGCCUUGAAUUUCCAGAUCUUUACAUCGGAUGUUACCGAGAAUCCAGAGACGGACCUCUUAUUGUAAGUCUGCAAGGCAAGGAUCAAGCAAGAACAGAAGCAGCUGCAGAAGCAUUGCGCAAGAAAUUGGAGUCAGGGGUGUUGCACUGAAGUCAGCAGUGCUGAGAAUCCUUUGCUUUUUUCAGGGGGACGUCCUGAGAUUGAAGCAUAAGUCGUACCCAAGGGAUUCAGUAUUUGUGCAACUAAGCAGAGCUCUUACUGUACCUUAAAGUUUGUUAGUAUCAAGUGAAUGCUGGAAUCACAAGCAAAUCCCAACCCAACAAUCUCCCUCUGCAGAAGAAAAUUGAAGUUUAUGUAAGGGGAAAAGGCAAUUGUUUUUUCCAACAAGAACAGAAGUUUAUAACAUGCAAGACUCCAGUUGUUAUUUGGAACUAUAUAUCAUCUUAAGGGUCCAAUUGUAUCUUAAAAGGGACGAAGACUUGAAUAGCUUUAUUUGUACCAGUUGACUUGCUUUAUAAACAUGUUAUCAUUAUUUA